AUGCUGUUUUGCUUCUUGACGCCUCGGCGUGAUCGGGAGGGGCUGCUGCGAGUCCUGUGGACGACGAUAACCUCGCCGUUCGGAAAGGUCCGAUUCCUUGAGGGCUACGCAUACGUCGGCGAUAUCCUCACCAGCAGCAGAGGGCGACGAAAGCGAGGAGGAUGCUCCCGUGCUGCUUGGCCCCCCAAAUCAAGAGGGGGAGGUGGUGGCGAAAGGACGUUCUCCGGAGCAUUCUUCCUUGUCCGCCGAGAAGGCAACAUAAGUGGACCGACUGUUCCGAGCGCAGCUUUCGUCCUCAGCACGGUUGGAUUCACUCGUAACGGAGAGGCCUGGAGCUCUGGAGGGCAUCAAACGGGUCGUUGAAGCGCUAGUCCCUGGAAGCGGUUCUCCCGACAAUGACCUCAGUGACACGUAGAGUCGCCGGCAGCUUGGCACGUUGGUUUCAAUGGCAAAGGCUCUAGGCGAGGUUGUGGCAAGUCCUGUGCAAUAAAAUUGUACGAUUCCCGCGUUAUGCAGUAGCAACGAUGAAGAGAGCGCUGCGAUAACCAAUUGAUGUCCAACUUGGAACGUGGUAAGUCGGCUGAUCUCCAAUCAUGCAAUGCUGCCCGCGCGCUGGCAGCGAGGUACGCAUGGCAUAGGCCGGUUCUGACGGCGGUGUAGUAUUCUUUGGAGAACGGCGGCAAGGCUAGCUCCCUCCGCUGUACACCCAUGUCCUCGCAAACACCGAUGACAUGGAUGUACAGCGAAGGAGCCAGCCUUACCCCCCUCUCGAAAGCAUACUACGCCGCCGUCAGAACCGAUCUAUGCCACGAGUACCUCGCUACUAGCGUCACCGGCAGUGAUGCGAUGGCAUGGAUGUACAGCAGAAGCAGCUAGCCUUGUCCCCCUUUUAGAAGGCAUACUACGCCGCCGUCAGAACCGAUCUAUGCCACGCGUAGCGUCAUCGACAGUGAUGCGAUGACAUGGAUGUACAGCAGAUGGAGCUAGCCUUACCCCCCUUUCCGAAAGGACACUGCACGGCCAUCAGGACCUGUUAUGCAAUGCGAACCUCGCUGCCAUCGUCAUCGACAGUGACUGGGUGUCCACGAGGACGACCGGUGGCAUGGACAAGACGGCAACCGUGGAGAAGCGAGUGCCAGAGGUGACUCCGAGCCAGGCGAAAGAUCGAAUUCUCCGAGCCAGGCGAAAGAUCGAAUUCCGCUAUGUCCGCUGUUUCCUCACGAACAGGACA